AUGAAUGAUCAAAACUCAACUUCAGGAACAAGGUCUGGAGGUGCUAGAGGGCAGAAUGUCAACAAGGUGGAGAUUGCUGCUGAUCUUAUUCAUAAACCAACUGGGAUACGAAUCUUUUGCAAUGAAGAAAGGACUCAACUUCAAAACAAGAAUUGCGCUCUUCAAUUAUUGCGUGCAAAAUUGUAUGAGAUCAAACUGAGGGAACAACAAGAGUUGAUCAGGAAUUAG